AUGGAAACUCCGGCCGCCCGGGCGGAAAGGGCAGGCCGAGAGGGGACAAAGGAGCUGGGGAAGAGGGAAGUGUGCGGGAAUGGGGAAGCGCCGGAAAGGAGGAAGGAAGCCGAGAAGCCCAGGCCGGCCCGGCCGAGGAUCUGGGCCUCGGAGCAGGGGAAAGUUGGAGCGAGAGAGGGGAGAGGACGGGGCCCGCAGCGCCGGGAGCCUGGUGGGAGCUUUGUGCGUGGCCGGGAAAGCCCCGUAGGCCUGGCUGCGGGCAGCCUGGGUGGGCUGGAACCGGUGGGGCCUGCGCCGGGGUGUCGGGAGAAGCCGGUGGGGCUGCUUCGGGGGACCCCCGAGCGGGCCGAGCCAGGGUCCCGGGCGGGUGUGGAGAGGACACCGGCAGCGAGAAAACACCGAGUUGUGGAAGGAAAAGAGCUGAAAGCAAGACCCAGGAGCAGCAGAGGUGGCUGUGGUUCCGGCAGAGGUGGCUCACAGGUGAACGCGGCAGUAUGUCAGGCUGUGACGAGUGGUUGCCCUUUCUUCUGCCAUGCCAGCACAGGAUGGAUGGAGAGGAUCCAGAGUGCUCUAUGCCUCGUUAUAUGUGUCCUGUGGUGCUUGAUAGAUGCCCCAGCCCAGGUUUGCAGCCAGUGGUGGAGCCGCCUGAGGGGAAAGGGCCAGCCCUGGGUCUGGUCAUUUUGUUUGGGUUUUUUGAUCAAUAAAAAAAAGUGGUGAGUGUGA